AAAUGUCUUGAGUGUUGAGUUGCCAUAUGACUGAUUCAAGGUCACAGAGAACAUUGCAUUCUGUCUGUAUCAGCUGACAAGGCAACAUGGCUCCUUUGGUACAAGGGAGUUUAGCAUUGGUUACUGGAGCCAGCAGUGGUAUAGGCAGAGAGACAUGUAAGGUGUUGGCCAGGGAAGGAGCUACUGUGGUGGUCACCUGUAUAGAUGAGGCUGGAGCCAAAGAAACCCUGAAAUUACUUCAAGGGUCAAAUCACAUGGUGAUGAAGUACGAUGUGAGUGACUUCAAUACCGCAGCAGAGGUGGUGAAAGCCAUCGUCCAGAAGUACAACAGACCACCCAACAUACUGGUGAACUGUGCUGGUAUCGUGAAGUUCACUCCAGUUCUAGAGGAAACACCUGAAUCAUUCCAGAGGAUCAUUGAUGUUAACCUCAAGGGUGCAUUCUUCACAAGCCAAGCUGUCUGUAGGGAACUCAUUGCUGCUAAACUGCCCGGGUCUAUAAUCAACAUAGCAAGCAUGACGGGGCACAGGGGCUUUAUAGGCAUGAGCCCUUACGCUUCCAGCAAAACUGGGAUAGAAGCAGUCACCAGAUGCAUGUCCAAGGACAUGAGCCCAUACAAUAUCCGGGUGAAUGAUGUCCAGCCUGGGAUGAUAGACACUGCCAUGGCUGCUGCUACAACCACUGAGAUGGUAGAGGGUUGGGUCAAUCAGUGUGCCACCCGACGCAAAGGGCAGCCCGAAGAAGUGGCAGAAGUGAUUGUAUUCCUGGCGUCCGAGCGAUCCUCCUACGUAAACGGAGCCCAUGUGCCGGUUGCUGCAGGGUUUUAACUGCUUUAUAUCUCCAACAAUAUCUAUAGUUAAAAAAAAUAAAACAACAUUUUUCUGUGGUAAA